AUGACUGAAAUUCGCAGAAAGCUCGUCAUCGUUGGUGACGGUGCCUGUGGCAAGACUUGUUUGCUCAUCGUCUUUUCUAAGGGUACAUUCCCCGAGAUCUAUGUCCCCACGGUGUUUGAGAACUAUGUCACAGAUGUUGAGGUUGAUGGCAAGCACGUCGAGUUGGCUCUUUGGGAUACAGCUGGCCAAGAGGAUUACGACCGUCUCCGUCCCUUGUCCUAUCCCGACUCACAUGUGAUUCUUAUUUGCUUCGCGAUCGACUCACCCGACUCUUUGGAGAACGUUCAGGAAAAGUGGAACUCUGAGGUUCAACACUUCUGCGGAGGAUUGCCUGUUAUUUUGGUUGGUUGCAAAAAGGAUCUUCGUUUUGAUCGUACUACUAUUCAGGAACUCGGCAAGAUCAACCAGGCACCAGUCUCGCCUGAGCGCGGCUUGGAGGUUGCACGCCACAUCAAGGCUAGGGAUUACCUUGAGUGCUCUGCCAAGACAGGAGAGGGUGUUCGUGAGGUCUUUGAGAGUGCUACUAGGGCUUCACUGCUGGCCAAGCCCAAGACUGGUCGUCCCGGUGGCAGGAGGUCUUGCUUGGUUCUCUAA